AUGAAUCCCGAACGAUCUAAUAAUAAUAGCAGUUUUAAUCUUGCUGAUAAUUGGAAGAGCAAUUUACUAGAAGAUACCACACUCCUUGUUAAAAUUAAGAAGGAAGACCUAAAUUCCUAUCUUUGUACAAACACUCAAAUCCAAGCUGCUUUCAGUGUAUACUAUGCGAUAGUACGUUCAUUGAACAAAGUGCAAUAUUCAGAACAUCUUCUUAUUCAUAUUAAAGACUGCAUUGGUAGUUUUGCCGAAGGAAACUUCGAAUCAAAAAAAGAUCAAAGUUACUAUCAGUUUGAUAAAAGUGCAAAAGAACUGUACGGUUGUGAACCUUGUAAUGAAGAAUUUAGUACGAAAGAGCUUCUUUGGAAGCACAGCCUUUGCCAUUUGGAUCAUAAGCUUCUGAAAUGUAACAUCUGUUCUAGGAAAUUUAGUCAAAAAUCUUCCCUGGUGAGACAUUAUGAGUGCUCUCUUACAACAGGUAAGCCUCAUGUCUGUGCAGUGUGUCAAAAGCGUUUCAAACAAAGCUUCAUGCUUAAGAGACACAUAGUUACUCAUAAAGAUGAAAAACCAUACAUAUGUAAUGUUUGUCAAAAGCCUUUCAAAUGCAAGAGCACUCUUUUAAGUCAUAGCAUCAUUCAUACAAAUGAAAAACCUUAUCAUUGUAAUGUUUGCAACAUGUCUUUCAAGAGGAGGGGCGAUCUUUCUAAUCAUCGUUCACACGCACGAAACAGAGAAAAACCAUGUUUGUGA